AUGCCAAGGCAGCUUGCUUGGCGCGGCGAUUGCCUCUUCCUCCUGCGCGGGAUGUUCGACGUCAUCGUCGGUCACCGUAGAAACUAUACUGUUCCUCAAGGAUACAUUCAGACCUGGGCGGAAGUGCGCGGGCGGCAAGUCGAACCCUUCAGCAUCGUGCGGCAGGAGGUCGAAAUCGUAUCUGAGCGCCUCCGCCACAGCGUCUCAACUGGCAUCCCUGCCUUGAAAACCGCGGCGGAGUACUUUUUCCGCCACGGCAUGGAAGGAAAGCGGCUCCGACCCUCCCUGGUGCUCCUGAUGUCGUCGGCGCUCUCCCCUGCCGUGCCGCCUCCCGAGUACCUCCAAGUGGACCUGCGGCCCGCAGCAGAGCAUGCUCCCGAGCUUCGGAGACGGCAGCAGCGCAUUGCCGAGAUAGCAGAGCUGAUUCACGUGGCUAGCCUCUUGCAUGACGACGUCAUUGAUGAUGCGGAGACGCGGCGCGGUGUGGUGUCCCUGAACAACGUCAUGGGCAACAAGACGGCCAUUCUGGCGGGCGACUUUCUGCUGGCACGCGCGUCCGUGUCCCUGGCGGCGCUGCGCAAUUCGGAGACGGUGGUGCUCAUGUCGCAGGUCCUGGAGCACCUUGUGUCGGGGGAAAUCAUGCAGAUGACUGCUACCAGCGAGCAGCUGUUGGACUUGGACCACUAUCUGGCCAAGACCUACUGUAAGACGGCCUCGCUGAUGGCCAACAGCUCACGAUCCAUUGCGGUGCUGGCGGGGGUGCCGCCAGAGCACGUGUGCGGUGCCGUGUGUGGCAGUGGCGAUGUCGUGUGUGACAUGGCCUGGAGCUACGGCCGCCAUCUUGGUCUGGCGUUCCAGGUUGUGGAUGACCUGUUGGACCUGACCGGCAGCAGCUCCGUGUUGGGGAAGCCUGCACUCAACGACCUGCGGAGCGGCCUCGCCACUGCCCCGGUGCUGUUCGCCGCCCAGGAGGAGCCCGAGUUGCGGCCGCUCAUCCUGCGGAGGUUCAAGCAGGAGGGGGAUGUUGCGCUGGCCAUGACGCUCAUUCAGCGGACACAGGGUCUGCGGCGAGCCGAGGAGCUCGCGGCGCAUCAUGCCAAGAUAGCCGCGGACAUGAUACGCUGCCUGCCUGUGGCGCAGUCGGACCACGCGGAGAUAGCCCGGGAAGCGCUCAUACAAAUAACACACAAGGUCCUGACUCGCAAGAAGUAA